GGAAAACAGCGCCUGGCCGUUUGAGAUUCGGAAUCAUAAUCAAAACAAGACAGACACGCCUUCUUCAUGCUAUACCUUCGUUGACAGUGCUGCAGGAAUCUGGAUGGUGGUGAAAAGACUGUAAACGCCAGAGCCACCUGCGAACAGCAAACGACAAGAAGCAAAAACUCCGUGCUGCAAUCGGAUGAGAACCGGGGGGACAUGAAAGACAGCAGGUUCUGAUAAAGAGCAUUAAAUAGGAUCAGGAAAAGCACCAUGCCCAACCAGAAAAACAACAAGGGGAAGAGAAAUAAACGCACUAAUAGCAGUGGAGAUGAACAGGAAAAUGGAGCCAGUGCUGCAGCAACAGCAGCACAGUCGGUGGCAGCAACGUUGUUGGGGGCUACAGCUGCACUGGCAAAUGAGAAUUCCAGUGGGGAUAACUUCUGCUAUGUAGUAGUGGACAACUCAACCUCAGGUUCUGAGUUACUGCAUUUGGGAUCUAAAACAAUAGAAGCACCAUGUGCCACUCCUUUGGUUUGUAGUCUGGGAAGAUCCAUUGACCUAGAGAAGGACGAUUACCAGCGAGUGGUCUGCAACAGUGAGGUCUGCCCCUACAGCAACUGGAUGCACCUGCAGUGCUUUUACGAGUGGGAGAGCAGUAUCCUUGUGCAGUUCAACUGCAUUGGCAGAGCCCGCAGCUGGAAUGAGAAGCAGUGCCGGCAGAACAUGUGGACCAAAAAGGGCUAUGACUUAGCCUUUCGUUUCUGUUCCUGCCGCUGCGGCCAGGGCCAUCUCAAGAAGGACACUGACUGGUAUCAGGUGAAACGGAUGCAGGACGACCGGAAGAAGAAAGUAUUGCCCGAAAAGAGUCUUGGCAAGUUGGCCAGCGGAGGUGGGGGAGAAUCUCCAGAAGACCCCAAGAAAGGAAGGCAUUCCGCAGGAAACAAGCUCGCGCAUAAGGCAGCAAGUCACGAGCUGCCACGUCGACAAUCCAUAGACAGGCAGAAUUCACAAGAAAAGGGUCCUGCUGGGUCCUUCUGUGGCAACAGUCUGGGUCCCCGUUCACCUUGUGACUCACCCGGUCAGUCUCCCCCCUCUGGCUUCUCCUUUUUCUCUCCAUCCUCUUUCACUGGCCCACGCGGCUCCCGGCACUUAGGGGAGUUCCUCAAGAAUGCUGUCCAUAUGGAGAGUCACCGAAAGCACCUCUCGACCGGUGGGGCAACAAGCCGGAAUGCCCAUGGUGAACAUGCCGGUAGCCUGUCUCUUCCUAGACUUGCCUCAGCAGACACCCCUGUGCAGUUUUUGCGGAGACUGGACCUUUCUGAGCUCCUGGCACACAUCCCCCGGCACAAGCUCAACACUUACCACGUGCGCAUGGAGGAUGAUGCACAUGCUGGCCAGGGUGAAGAUCUGAGGAAGUUCAUCCUCGCAGCCCUCAGUGCCAGUCACAGGAAUGUGGUGAAUUGCGCCCUGUGCCACCGCGUGUUGCCUGUUUUUGAGCAGUUCCCACUUGUAGAUGGGACCCUUUUCCUGAGCCCCUCUCGACAUGAUGAGAUUGAAUAUGAUGUACCCUGUCAUCUUCAAGGGAGGCUGAUGCACCUGUAUGCAAUAUGCGUGGAUUGCUUAGAGGGUGUUCAUAAAAUUAUCUGUAUAAAAUGCAAGUCUCGAUGGGAUGGUAGCUGGCAUCAGUUGGGAACCAUGUACACAUAUGAUAUACUGGCAGCCUCACCAUGUUGUCAAGCUCGUCUGAACUGCAAGCACUGUGGGAAACCUGUGAUAGAUGUGCGUGUGGGAAUGCUGUAUUUUUCAGAAUACAGCAAUGUACAGCAAUGUCCUCACUGUGGGAAUUUAGACUAUCAUUUCGUCAAGCCUUUUUCAUCCUACAAAGUCUUGGAGGCCUAUUGACGAAUGCUAAAUUUGUGUACUAGUAUUGUUUUGGUUCAUUUUCUAGGUAACAUUAUUUUGUUCAUGAAAACAAGAUUCAUUCAGAAUGUGUUAUUUAACAAAAUCCUUUUUUUACACAACAUAAUAAUAUUACAAUACCAAGAAAAACAUUUUUUUUUUUUAAAGAUUUGUAGAAAAAUCUCAGGCACUGCACAUUAAAGAAAUUUCCUGAAACGUAUUGAAACUGAGAUUUAAAAAAGCAAAACAGAAAAAAAACUGUGACAAGUGAAUGUAACUGUUUGCCAGAUGGGCUUUUUUUGUACAAAAACAAUAAAUGCAACAUUGAAACUAAAAAUCAAAAGUAUGCAAUGCGGGUCUGCAGCAUCAUAUGUCUGGGUGUCACAAGGUUCCAAGACUUUAUCUCUUCAUUUUCCUUAUAUUUGCAUCUUGCAAAUAUUUUUGACAAAUGUUUCCCCAGAUGACUUUUUAGAAUGCUGUACUGAUUUGAAGAAUUUAGCAGCAAAGUAUAUUACUAUAUUUGCCUUGUAUUUAAUUGCCUUGUUUGUUUUCCAUAUGAAAUUUGUCUGAAAAAAUGUAAACUUCUGUAGGUCAGUUGGUUGCACUUUAAAAUAAUAUGCGGUUAUAAGAGAAACAUAAUAAAAACUUUCAAGCAAGCUCAAUCACAUACUUUCAGUCAUUUAGUUAAUCAUUUCUUAAUGAUAAUCUCACCUGCAGUAUCCAUGAGUGUGUUGUGCUCUUUUAAGCAGAAUUGUAAUACAGUUUCAAUUUUAGUAGUUUUUAAAAUGUCACAUGUAAACAAAACAGUAGAAAGUUGGCACUUUAGCAUGGUGCUCAUACUGCAUUUAUAUUAGUGUGGAAAGGCCUUACUACAGAUAGAUAGCACCACUUAUGAUCUACACCUUACUCCCUAGAACGUAACGACUUUUCCUUGUCGAAUUUGCCCUCCUAGGCUUUUAAAAAAAAAAGUAAAUAGAAAGAUUAAAUCAAUGAAAUACACCCUCUCAUCCCCCCUCAGUUGGAGGAAAGAAUUGUUCAAGACGUUUUGCAGUUGCUCCUUGAAGAGCUAUGAGGGUGAGUUAAAAACCGGUGCACUGAUUGUAUAUGGUAUAUAAAAACACAAUCCAGACAGAGCUAAAGUAAUUUGUAUGUGUUAUUCAAAUCAUGAAAAGAACAUUAAUGUUGUAGACCCUUAUCUUAAGUUGUGGCUUAGACAGUUGUUGAAAAGCGGGAACUGAUUCAUCAGAAUCUAGUAUGGGCAUGUAUACGUGUAUGUAUAUACAGUAUGUAAACAGAAUAAAUGUAGCAAUAUCAAUGAUUCAUUGCAAAUUAAACCAUAAACUGGAAUUAGACGUUAAAUAUUUUUGGUGCUUUUAAUAAACAACCUUUAUAUCUGAUUGAUUAUAAACCUGAA